CGACGUAAGCGUCCUGCUCGAGCGCAAGAAACGCGCUGAGAACACAACUGGCUCGCGAAGCGAAGUGGCAACAUCCUAACGCACCGUGCCGAUCGCGCUAACUCGACACUCUGUCAAACGUGACAGAUUUAAUCCAUCUUUGAAGGAUAUCAACGAUGUGGCGGAGGAUUUUUGCAGUUAUGAACAUGUGAAGGCAUUUCUGGAAACUGAACAAACUUUUUUAUUUUUCCGAUCGCAGUUUAUUGCUGGACAGGCGAAAUGGAAUGCGAUUUUUCAAGCUCUGAGCGCAUAAAUAUGGAUACCUGCUUGAGGCGCUUGAAGCAGGAACUGCUGUCCAUGAAGGAGGCGGGCGAUGGGCUGUCUGCGCAGAUGAACUCCAUGAUGGGGGCCCUCCAGGAGCUGAAGCUGCUGCAGGUGCAGACGGCGCUGGAGCAGCUGGAGAUAUCCCAGAAGCCCCGGCCGUGUCCCCCCCCAGCGGAGACGCGCGUCUCCAGCCCCGCCCCGGAGACAGAGCCGCCCCCCAGCUGGGGGGAGCAGAGGCGGGGCCUACACCGCAACAGCCUGGACACGUCCCCCUCCAUGUCGAGUCUGGAGAGCGGGACCAGCGCUUCCUCUUCCUCCUCCUCUUCCUCCUCCUCCUCCUCCGCCGCCUCCUCCUCCUCCUCCUCGGGGAGCUCCUGUGAAAGCGGUACAUCGCAGGAGGACAGCAGCCCCCCGAGCCCUCUGAACCGCACCUUCCAGAAGCAGCACCCCCCGCCUCAGCUGGCCCCCGUCGACCUGCCCGGGAUCCUGUACAGCCUGUCCCGCGAGGGCCCGUCCCGGGACUGCGAGUUCCCGCAGGACGGCGCCGAGGACGACUCCAGCGACUGGACGUCCUCGCUGAUGAGCGGCAGCCGCACCCGCCAGCCGCUGGUGCUGGGCGACAACGUCCUGGCCGACCUGGUGGGCAACUGGCUGGACCUGCCCGAGCUGGAGAAGAAGGGCCGCGGGAAGGGGGCGGAGAAAGGGGCGGGGAAAGGGGCGGGGCAAGGGAAAGGGGCGUCGGCCAAGCCGCCGCUGCAGCGCAGCCGCUCCGAGGAGCUCGGCAGGAAGUUCUCGCUCACCGCCGGCAUCUUCAGGAAGUUCCUGCGCAGCGUGCGGCCCGACAGAGACAAGCUGCUGAAGGAGAGGCCGGGCUGGAUGCCCCUGGACGACCCCGACGCCGAGCUCUUCAAGAGGCCCAAGAAGGCGCCCAAGCCCAAGGCCUCCUUCUACCCCUUCCGGACGAGCGCGCAGCAGGGCAAGGGGCGGCCGAGCGCCCGUCCGCCGGGCGAGAGGAGGGGCCAGAGCUCGGCCAUUUACAUCGACAGGGUGCGGUCCAUCCAGGUCAUGGGGCACGCUCAGCCCAUGAUCUACGAUUUCGAUACAGCGGUCUGGGUGUGAGCCCUCUCCGGAUUAUUUAAAGGAGAUCAGAGAAGCACAUGUUUACAGACUGAAAGACUGCAGGAGCUACAGACUGCCAUACUGCCGUUUUUCCACAGCAGGAAUAACACUAAAAACACAGGACCUCUCCCGCUCCACUGCAGUAACAGAAUCCCCUCUUCGUUGUUGACGGUUCUUCCUUGCAUGAUUAUGGACCUCAUCCUAACCGGACCCAUGUCCCUGUUCAGGCUGACUCACGUACAGUUCUGUACUGAUGGUCUGCCAGCACAGGAGUGCUUCACAGGCUGACCCCACACCCAUAGAACCUGCUGUAGUUGUCUGUUCAUAGUGUGCCGUGCGCCUUGUUCUCAGAACCGUUCAGAACUGCUUGAACUAGCCCAAGAUGCUUGGACAUUCCCUGGCUGCUCCCUGGCUACACUGUCCUGCAGACCAGCUCCAUGUCAUCCUCAACCCCCCCACCAGGAGUGCUACAGUGGAUCCAGCCACACCAGGUUUAACCGUUUACAGGGCGAGAUGUUUUGGAAUGUUCCAAGUCAGUCUUCUAGAACGCCAUUGUUUCAAUAACCAGUGAUUGUGACAUCAGCACUGGAAUGAUCAGUCAAGAACAUUCUAAUUGUAUAUUUGUGAUCUCACACCUUAAAGGGUUAAAAAAAAAAGAUUCUCCUGCGUGUUCCGACAAGCGCCACACACCCACUCUGCCAGAGCAGCGUUAAAAUGCGUCACACACCCACUCUGCCAGAGCAGCGUUAAAAUGUGUCGUGUCACCCAAGCCAACCUCGAAUGAAUCCGCCGACGGUUCUCCUGUGUGACGCUGCGUACGGUCUCCCGCGGAAACGCCAGGCGCCAUCUGUUUGCUGGUGGUUAUGUAAGCGCCAAUCCAGCAGAGCGUGCGAGGGACACGGCGUGGGCUCUAAUCUGGCGGAAGCCACGUUGCCGACGGUUACGUGAGCAGAGUCACGGAGUGGGGGGGGGACUCGAGCGCUUUUCUCCGUCCCCCGUGUGCACAGAAAACCGGUCAUGAACACAGAUCUCAUCACCACAGCCUGUUCUUUUACUGCAGAAACAGCGACUGUCCCUCUGCACUUUACGGUACUCAGUCCUACACAUCAUAUCCAGGACACCGCACACAAUCCCACCUGCCUGCUUCGCACUACCACCAAGUUAUGCAGACAAUGAAACACUGUACCAUACAUGCAGUCUGAUGUGAUUGGAGGAAUAGGUCUAACAGCAACACGUGGGUUGAAGUUGAGGGCAAGCAUUUGAAUGGUCAUAGUAACCAUGCGCAAGAUAUUUAUCCUGAGUUGUUUCACAGAAAAAGCUGUUUGCACCUGCAUAAAUGGUCAUAUACAAUGUGAGCUUACAAGCUGCACUGAAUUUACAGAGCAAACGAACAUCUGUGCUGUGAGAUGGAUGAAGAGCAUCACUCCUCACCAGAGUGAGCCGUCAGAAGCACCACUGCGGUGGCGGGGAACCUGCCUGAUCGGGGGGGGGGGGUUGGGGGGGGGUGUGAAUAAGCUUCGCAGAAGAGACGAACUGAUCAAAGCACAGUCGGACCCUUCAGGAGCACCUUGGUUUAGGUCCUCUGAUGUUUUUUUUUGUUGUUUUUUUUUUUUACGUUUUUGCGCUGGAAUCUGGUCGAGGAUCAGUGCCCGACUCUGCAGCCAGAACCCCUGCUAAACCUGUCAGAGAUAAAGGGAGCGGUGUUUUAAAAAAAUAUAUAUAUAUUUCUAUUCAUAGAACCGCCCCCCCCCGCCCCCUCCCCUCCAGAAAACCUAAUUGUUACCGUGGUUUCUCUGGGCACGCCUCACCUUCACAUGGAGACGUUUCUGUGACUGCGUGUGGCACAGUAAUUUGCAGUUGGUUCAUUGUGUUCCAGAGUGCCGUCUUAGUAAUUAGCAUACGGCUAAGACUCGCUCACCGAGAAUUAAAAAUAUACAGUUUGGCUUCUCAACAAAGAGACCGGCGAAUAAGUCUGCCACCGCCUUUGAAUCUCAUAAAUAAUAAUGAAUAAUUAUUCUUCUAAUUAUAAAGAUCCAGUACAGAGAUAAGUCUGAGUCACUAUCAAAGCCCAAUAUUUCCGCACAAAACUGAAACUAUUUCCCAAAGGCACAGGGAGCAAUCCAUAUCAUAUUCAACUUCAUAUCAUGAUCAACCUCAUAUCAUAACCAGAUAACACUGUGCACAAAACCAGGAGUCCAUCAUGCGAAAUCACUAUUUACAAAAAAUAUCUAUGUAGAUAAGUUCUUACUGGUGAUGUUUUAAGCCAGUAAAUUCCCCGUGACAGAAUAUUUUCAAUGGCCUAAUUAAUUUUGCUGAGCAAAAUGACUCUGGCUUUAAAACUGUUGUUUAGAGUUUGCCGGUUGCCUGUCACUGUAACGAGGCCACAGAGAAGAACCUCUGAGAAAAUGUGUGAGAAAAACUGUUUGUUUUGUUUAAUAUUCCAUUUCCUGCCAUUCUAAAUGUGGUAAUUACUUAACCUCCUGUGGACCCAAAGGGACGUGGUUGUGAGAGAGAACUGUGUAGUCACUGAAUCUUUUUUGUGUAAAUAAAAUACGUGACAUUGUUUUGUUUUUUGCUUUUUUUUCCCUCUAAGAAACAAAAUGUAAUGCCCUUAUUUCAUAAUAAAUGCACCGCUCAACUGUCCGAUGUUCUCCCCCCUUCAUAUUCCUAAAAUAAACUGUUUUAAGGAUGUCA